GAAUUCCUUAUUACAGUCAUCUUCUGCCAAAACAACAGUGAGCAACCUCAGUCCUAGUGACUGUCAAAAUUCUGAGGCAGUUAAUAAAUCUGCUGAACCUUCUCCAAAAUGCAGUGAUAAAAGUCAUCUGCUGAGUUCUUCAGGUCCUCCAGAGUGUUUUGUAAAGCUGGCUAAGUCAUCUUCAACCAAAACGGUGAACACCCUUAGUCCUAAUGACUAUCAAAACUCUGUGGGAAGUAAAUCUGCUGAACCUUCUCCAAGAUGCAGUGUUAAAAGUCGUCUGUUCAAUUCUUCAGGUCCUCCAGAGUGUCUUGUAAAGUUGACUAAGUCUUCUUCAGCCAAAACAGUGAUGAACACCCUUAGUCCUAAUGACUAUCAAAGCUAUGGGGCAAGUAAAUCUGCUGAACCUUCUCCAAGAUGCAGUGUUAAAAGUCGUCUGUUUCAUUCUUCAGGUCCUCCAGAGUGUCUUGUAAAGCUGGCUAAGUCAUCUUCAGCCAAAACAGUGAUGAGCACCCUUAGUCCUAAUGACUAUCAGAACUCUGGGGGAAGUAAAUCUGCUGAACCUUCUCCAAGAUGCAGAGUUAAAAGUCGUCUGUUUCAUUCUUCAGGUCCUCCAGAGUGUCUUGUAAAGCUGGCUAAGAUUUUGGUUGGGAAGACGUUGGCUGAAGACCACUUGGACGGCAUUUCAGAGAAUGUUUUUCUGAAAUAUAUCUGCCAAGCCAACCACUCCCUAGGCAAAAGACUUUUUAGUUAUUUUAUUGCCAAAUGGGAUAGUGAUCGCCUGCAAGCACGGGAAGCUGAAGGCUUUGGAGAUCUUAUUUCAAAAAGUGCAUUCAUAUCAGCAUCAACUCAUGUUAUAGAACUUCUCUCUGAUGCUGAUCAGCUACGAUUCUUCAUUAAGGUAUAUGGAAAUGACCAAGAGAAAAUUGAUAAGAAUGAUGUUUUUGAUCUAAUUCAAGCUGCUUACCAGACCGCUAAAUUUGCACAUCGUAGUCAUUGCUUGCCAGAUGACAUUAUUAUGGCAGUUGUGAAAGCCACGAUGCACGGGAAAGAAAGUGUAAAUACUAAUUUUUUACACAAUUGGAUAUCUCAGCAUUGCCCUCGUCUGGUGAUGUGGAUGCAUCGCUACAUAACUCACAUGCUAACAGUUGGACAUAGAACAAUUCCUCUUAAUACAGAUGAGAAGGAGGAUGACACUGACACACCUAUCUUGGAUCACAGGGAAGACUCGCCAUGCAACAACCUUCAUCCAGCCUUGAUCUGGCUACUAACUUGUACUCUUCCAACUUUGUAUACAAGACCACAAAAGAGCAUGAAUCUUCCACAUUCUAAUUCUCUCUUCUUAGAUCCUCAUUUAUUUAUAGAGAAAAUGAUAUCUGCUGUGACCCCAUCACACUGGGUUCUUCUCUAUAAUAGUGACACCCAUGGCAUCAGUCUAAACAGGUUUCAACAUCAUGUGUUUGACUACAAUGGUCCAACUCUAGUUUUCAUAACAGCAGAGGAUGGAAAUUUAUUUUGCUUAGCAUGUGAUGAACACUGGAGAGAUUCCAAGCACUUUUGGGGUGGAGAACACUGCUACUGUAUGCAAUUGAUACCUGAAUACAAAAUUGUUGAAAGUGGUUCAAAGAUGAUGUACUUCAACAUAACAUCAAGGGGAUUUCCUACUGGCAUUCAUGUUGGCCAAGAUUUCACAAACAGAGCAUUGACUCUCGACUUAGAACUUACCAAGGUUACCUAUCGUGGAAUACCAUACAGUGUCCAGUCACUGGAAGUAUGGGGUUGUGGAUCAGUUGAAGCAAAAGAAGCACAAGUUGAAAUGAAGAAACAUGAAAUAAGGGAUACAGAGAAGCGCAAGAAAAUCAACUUGAACUCGGUUGAGUGGGUUGAUAAUCCUGACAGGUACCUCUUAGAGUUGGCAGGAAGCCGUCCAAACUAUGCUCAAUAUGAUAAAACAACUCAAGGAAAGCAGUCAACAAAUUAGCCAGCAGUUUUGAGAAUAAGUGCAGUGCACAAGUGCAUGCAUAGAGUUCAUAAUAUAUAUAUACGUAUCUCCAUAUAUGAUUAUUCUUAUUAAUGGAUUGUGGUUGUUGAAAAGAAUUUAUUUUUAUACUAAAUUUUUUUGUCUUAUAUCCAUCCCAUUGUUAUUUCCACUGUAAUGCAAUUUAGCCCCUUGAUUUUCAUCCUUAGAACAAAUAAAAGUGUAUUGCCGUGCUUGUAACAAGGGCCCUAAAUGUGAAACAUUUUUUAGAAGUGAUGGGAAAAUACCUAGUUGAGAUUUGGUUUUGAUGUAAUGCCUGGCCAGUUGCUUUGUUUAUAGGAGUCAGGACUUGAAAAAUUGUGUAAUAGUGAAAGGAAUGAUCAGGAUACUAUGUCGUUUAUAAAGUACUAUACAUAUAAUUAUAUAACUAUAGUUGCAUGGUUAUCCUAUCAGAGGCUGUUUUUAUGCCAGUUAUAGUGUGUGCACUCACAGGUACCUCUACACAUGCAUAAAUAGAUAAGAAAGGUAUUUCCUUCCAUGAAUGUACACAUGCAAUCUUAAAGAUGGCUUCAGAAAUUAUUCUUCUUCCUGCUCACUUUAAUUUCUGUAGAAAUUUAAAAGCCCCUUACCCAGAACCACACUGACAUUGACUACCAUGUAUAUGUACAUGUAACUCGCUAGUUAGAUCAACAAAAGCAUGAUGGGUUAUAAUGGAAUAUGUCUAAAUUAUUCUGUCUCUUUUGGAAUACAGUAUAACUUGGACCCUCUUUAGAAAAUGUCAUCUGCUAAUUUUACUAACUCGGGACAUUCAUUCGACCAUUUCACCUCGUAAUGGGCAAGGAUAUUUAGCCAAUGUAGAUUCUAGUGGUAACUGUUGUUUAAAAUAAAGUGAUACAAACCAAUGAAGUGGCCAUUAAGAAAUAUUCAGUUCUCCAUCUUUAAAUAGUCAACACAUCAAUAGUCUCUCAUUAGUGUGUGUUUGAAAAUUAUUAAUUUUUAAACUUGCUAUCACAUAUUUCUAAUCAUUCCUUUUGCAUAUUUCCUUCACAAAAUUAAUUGAAUUCUUUACACUCCAUUGAUUGCAGAUAAUGGAUACAUUAGUACCAAUACUACCAAGAAUGUUAAUAAUUUGUAAAUAAAAGUACUAAUAAAAGGUAUUGUUUUAUGGGCCAAUAUUUUCUUAAUAAAAUUUUAAUAAACUUUAUGAUACAUUAGUUUUUAACCCAGCAUGAAAAGCCACAAUUAAAGGAGAGCAUCAAAACAUUUUUAUCCUUUAUUUUCUUUAACCUUUUUAUUUUUUUAAAUUAGAAUUCUCAAGUUAUUCAAGACAAAUAGUAAAUGGGAACAUAAUAGUAUAUAAUUCAGUCAAAUUUAAAAUUGUUUUCAUUAUUUUCAAAGGAUACAAAUUUCAUUGUAAAGAAUCAAACUUGAUACAUCUAUUUUUAAAUAUAUAAAGUAUACAGUUUUCAUGGAGCAUAGUUUUAGUCUCAGUGACAAAAUGUUACAUUCCAACCUUGCCCUUAUUAAAUGUCAACUACUCAAUUAUUUGUUAAGAGUGAAUAAACCAAGACAUGUAGGAUAUAAAGCAAAGCACUCCAGCACUUUCAACCAUUAACCAUUUGGUACCCAAAAAAGUGAAAGAUAGCUAGAAAAAGUUUCAGAAUAUUUAAGUAAAAACUGGAAGAAAGCAUUACAUUUACAUCAAGAAGUAGCUAUAUUAAACAGAUGGGGCAGCAAGAUGACAUAAAGGAGGCAAAAAUGAAUUAUAUACAGUAAAAGGCUAAAUAGUGGGUGCAGCUAGUGGUCAAGGGAAUUGCCAAAACACACUUCUGUAUAAAUGUGUACAGUGCUUCAUGUCAACCUUGCCCUUUCGUCAUGUGACUUAACAUUAGUCUGUUCAUGAUUUUAUCUUGCCCUAUUCUUCACAUACCUGUUAUUUUUUUUAACUACUUUUUGAUAUUCCCGUAGGAAACAGAAUGAUUUAAACCUAUUUCAUGAAACUUUAGUGUUCUUUGACCUAACCACUAGCUUUAUAAUUGACAGUUCAUCUAACUGUGGUGGACACUGGCAUAGGGGACAAAUUCUUGUAGGUGGCAACUGCUAUAAGGAUUUCAUGGCUACUAGAGAUAUAUACUUUGGUCACACAAGUAACAUGUUAUAGAAUGUAAACUAACUAUAUUAGGAACAAUAAUACAGUAAAAAUGCUUCGAAGAGGUAAGGUAACAAUGUAAUCAAAUAAGAACAUAACUAAUAAAUAUAAGUAACAAAAAUACAUAUGCUAUAACAGAUGCACUAUGUAUAUAUUAUUAACUUUAUUUACUUGAUUAUCUCA